UUGAGUCUCACGCGUUCGAAUUCAGAAAAUUUUCACUGAUAAUAAUUCACCGUUUUCAACUGGUAUUUUAGUGACAGUGAGACUCAAAAAUAGGCCCCCUGGUUAGAGAUUACCGCGGCGCUGGGACAAGAACGCAUGCCGCGCAGUAGAAGCCGGUCGCCUUGUGUAGAUGCACGGAGACACACAGACAAGCAGACAGAUAAGCAGCUUUUUCUUCAGUCAAAUGAAAAUAAAAUGACGUCGAAAAUUGUAUUCAAGAUUAAUGGGAAACAGUAUGAAGCCAAUGGCAAAUUCGGACCAGACGUGUCCUUGAACGAGUAUAUUCGGACUAUAGCAGACCUCCGCGGUACGAAGGCGAUGUGCCACGAAGGUGGUUGUGGGGCCUGUAUAGUAUCCGUGCGUGCUGCUACACCGCCCACUGAUGAGAUGAAGACUUUUGCCGUUAACUCUUGUCUCGUGUCCAUCCUCUCCUGCCACGGCUGGGAGAUCACGACAGUGGAAGGAAUAGGCAACAGGAACAAGGGUUACCACGACAUUCAGACCAGGCUGGCCAAGUUCAAUGGGACACAGUGUGGGUACUGCACCCCUGGAUGGAUCAUGAACAUGUAUAGCCUUCAUACAGCAAAGAAAGGUAAACUAACUACAACAGAAAUUGAAAAUUCAUUCGCUGGAAACAUCUGCAGAUGCACAGGAUACAGAUCAAUCGCAGACGCAUUCAAAACCUUCGCUACAGACACAGAUAAAAAUCUAACCAAUAAACUAACAGAUCUUGAAGAUUUAGGAAUGUUCAAACCUUGUGGUGUCUCUUGCAAUAAAAAAUGUGCACAUAAGAAUAAAGAUAAUGACGUUCUACUUGGUAAACUAAACUUUGAAGAGGUGAAAGAGAAACCUGAUGAUGAUUGGUGUAUAGUAGAAAAAGCAAACAAGGAAUUAAUAACUUUAGAGUAUGGAGCACAGAAAUGGUACAAAGCGUAUAGUCUUGAACAUGUGUUUGAGAUUAUGGCAAUGUGUAAGGAGUACAAAUUGAUUGCUGGAAAUACAGGACAAGGUGUAUACCAUGUCGAAAAAUACCCCUCAAAUGUGAUAGACAUUUUCAACGUGGCCGAAAUCAAAGGGUACAUCAUGGAUGUGAACCUAGUACUGGGAGCUGGCAUGACCUUAACAGAUAUGAUGGAAGUCUUCGUACUGAUGGCAGCGCAGAAUGAAGAUUUUGCUUACCUCAAGCAGUUUCAUGAGCACAUGGAUUUAGUAGCCCAUGUACCUGUGAGAAAUAUUGGCACCAUUGGAGGUAACCUUUACAUGAAAUACGUUAAUACCGACUUUCAAUCAGACUUAUUUCUGCUUUUUGAAACAGUUGGAGCUAUCAUAACCAUAGCGGAAGGAGCUCACAAAACGAAGGCUGUUUCGUUGCCUGCAUUCUUAAAACUGAGCAUGAAAAGAAAAAUUAUACUCAAUAUUAUGUUGCCUCCUCUAUCGAAAUGGUGUUCGGUUAAAACUUAUAAGAUCAUGCCUCGCUCACAAAACGCGCACGCCGUCGUCAACGCAGGCUUCCUCUUCAAAUUCAAACACGACUCCACCAUAAUAGAAAAAUGUACACUGGUAUUCGGAAGCAUAUCACCCAGUUUCAUCCACGCUGAGAAAACUGAGAGCGCCUUGGUUGGUAAAGAGCUGUUUAGUGAUGAGACAGUUCAGAUUGCUGUGAAGAGUUUAUUUGAAGAGGUUAAGCCUGAGGAGGCACCACCGGAACCAGGGGUGGAUUAUCGGAGGAUGUUGGCCGUUACUCUUUUCUAUAAGGCGUUAUUAUAUUUAUGCCCUGACGGAAAGCUAGAUCCAAGGUAUCGGUCAGGAGGCGCAGCAAUAAAAAGGAAUACCUCUAACGGCACACAAACAUUUGACACGGACAAAAGUAUCUGGCCUCUAAAUCAGCCAAUACCAAAAAUAGAAGCUCUCGUGCAGUGUAGUGGAGAAGCUACCUUUGCGAAUGAUUUGCAGUCGGUUAUUGAUGAAGUGCAUGGUGCAUUUGUUUGCGCUGAUGCUAAACCUGGCAGUAUUAUAAGCGGUUUUGAUACUACAGAAGCUAUGAAACUCCCAGGAGUUAUAGCGUUCUACACUGCUCAGGAUAUACCAGGAGUAAAUACAUUUACAACUUUAAAUGUUCCACUGGUUGUUGAUGAAGAAGAAAUCCUAUGUUCCAAAGAAGUGAAGUUCUACGGUCAACCAGCAGCAAUAAUCGUAGCUAAAAGAGAAAAGACCGCCAACAGAGCUGCGAAACUUGUCAAAGUAAAAUAUGCUAGCAUAAGUGCAAGACUACCUAUAUUAACUGUUAAAGAUGUUCUAAAAUCACCUGAAAAAUCUAAACGAUUAAAGAAUAAUAAAACAGUAGAACCAGUUAAUACUGGACAUGAUGUGCAUUUAGUGUUGAAAGGAGAACUGAAUUUGGAAACACAAUAUCAUUAUUAUAUGGAACCUCAGACGUGUGUAGUGAGGCCUACUGAAGAUGGGAUGGAAGUAUAUUCGGCCACUCAAUGGUUAGAUUUGACAAAUGUGGCUGUAGCGCAGUGCUUGAAAAUGCCAGCGAACAGUGUGAACGUGAUCGUCCGUCGAGUGGGAGGCUCGUAUGGUGGCAAGAUAUCGCGAUCCGUCCAAAUCGCAUGCGCAGCCGCGCUGGUAUCGCACUUGCAGAACAAAACCUGCCGGUUCGUCGUACCUCUGCAGACCAACGUCAAAAUCGCUGGCAAGAGGAUACCGACGUAUUCCAAUUUUGAUGUAGGUGUAAAUAAGGAUGGGGUAAUACAGUAUUUAAAAAACAUAUUUUAUCAAGACAACGGUUGUUCUGAAAAUGAAACGAUAAGUCCCGUAACCGUCAAUCAUUUCAUCAAUUGCUACGAUUCCAAGCGGUGGUACAUAGAAGCUAAUAGUGUCGCGACAGACACGCCUUCUAAUACUUGGUGUAGAGCUCCUUCUUCAACAGAAGGCGUGGCCAUGAUAGAAAACAUAAUGGAACAAAUAGCUCAUAAUCUCAACAAAGACCCAUUAGAAGUUAGACUUAACAAUAUGGAUAAGAAAGACAAUCCCGUUCCUGAUUUAAUUGAGCAAUUAAAAAAAGAUUCCGAUUUCGAAAAUCGAUAUAAAGAGGUAGAUGAGUUCAACAAGAAUAAUAGAUGGCGUAAACGAGCACUAAACCUUCUCCCAAUGGCAUACGACCUAUUUUAUAUUGGAAAUUUUAAUUCAAUAGUAUCUGUUUUACACAGCGAUGGUUCAGUAGUUAUAACUCAUGGAGGCAUCGAAAUGGGACAAGGCAUUAACACAAAAGUCGCCCAAGUAGCCGCCUACAUGCUUGGAGUAGCUUUAGAAAAAGUCAGUAUUAAAUCAAGUACGAGUUUCACUUCCCCUAAUUCCAUGACAACUGGUGCUAGCAUUGGCAGUGAAUGUGUAGCUUUUGCUACUGUGAAGGCGUGUGAGAUUUUACUGAAGAGAUUGGAACCUAUACAAGCGAAGAUGGGUAAACCUUCCUGGGAGGAACUGGUCGAAAAAGCGUUCAAAGCAGGCAUAGAUUUGCAAGCUUCUCACAUGUAUUCAAGCAAUGAUGGUGUAAAACCUUAUUUCAUAUACGGAGUUGUAGCUUUAGAGCUUGAAGUUGAUAUAUUGACUGGUAAUCAUGAUGUACGAAGAGUAGAUUUGCUUGAAGAUACCGGAAGAAGCUUGAGUCCAGAAAUUGAUAUUGGUCAAAUCGAAGGUGCUUUCAUCAUGGGUCUCGGCUACUUCACAUCCGAGAAGACCAUAUACAACCCAGCGACGGGACAGCUCCUGACUGAUCGAACCUGGAACUACAAGCCGCCUGGCAUUAAGGAUAUACCUGCCGACUUCAGGGUCUACUUCAAGAGGAACGGGACUAAUAAAUUUGGGGUUCUGCAGUCUAAAGCUACUGGCGAACCGUCAUUAUGUCUGUCUUCAGUAGUGGUUCACGCUUUGCGACAAGCCGUGCGCUCCGCGCGUCUCGAGGCUGGACACAAGGAUGACUGGAUUGAAAUGGGUCUGCCGUGUACCGUAGAGAACAUCUUUACAGCAGUGGGACACAAACUCGAAGACUUUAAACUGAAAUAGAGUCCAUUUUCAAAACAAACUGGUUUUGGC